AUGUGCAAAGGACUGUAUGCAACGAUCAUUGAUGACCUCGGACCACAGAUGCAUCGACCGGAUAGAAGGACUAUUGAGGGGGCCGGUCUUGCUCAACACCAACAGACAAAACGCCAAGGAGAAGAUUUUUCGAGACACACCCAGGUCCAGGUCAGAUUCCCCGAUGGUUUCUUGUUCUCGAUGAGGCACAUCGCUUGGGGCGAAAACGCCCAGGACGCCAAGCGAAAGGAAGAUGACCUAAAACUAAACGUCCCAAACAAGAGUCAGAAUGAAAAGUCCAACGUUGUGUCUAUCGCUUAA